AUGAAUCCAAAUUGCUCGAAAAUAAAACUAGAUGAAACCUGUUUUCCAAUGCCAAUUAAGCCUAAUUUGAAAUAUGAUAAAUGUGAUAUUGAGAAUCAAAAUUAUCUUACCCAAACAAAAAUUAUUCAUUUUUUCAAUACUUACAAAUACUUUUUGCAUAGUUAUGCUAAUCACUUUAUGCAUAAAGUUAAUAAUGAUACAUUUAGCCUAAAUACUAGUAACAGUAAUGAAAUAUGUAGUUUAUCAAAAUCCAGUUCAUCUUGGGAUGGUCAAAAUACACUGAAUAGUGGAUUGUCAACAAUAAGUCCUUUUAAACCAUGCCUAAUUAAUGCCAUGAAAGAAUCACAAUUAGGAAGACAUUUAUCAGCAUUCAGUCCAAUGAAUACCUAUUUAAGGCAUCCUCAUUUGCAUCAGUUGCGUCUAUCCUCUAGACAUCCAAAACUUAAAUCUAGUAAUCCUACGAGGGUCUUUCCGCCAUCCUCCUCAUCGCCAACAUAUGCUACCUUGUUCUAUGAAAACUAUCCUAAAACAAAGCUCGAUUCGACAAUUAAUCCAAAUUUAAAACUGUUACCUUCAACCAAUAAUGAUAAAAUGUUGAAUGAGACGUUAUCUACAUCAUCAGCAGUGUCAGUCAAUCUGCCAUCAUCUCUAAAACCUUCAUCAUCCAAACUACCAGCAUCGUUAUCAUCAUCACCGUCGUCAUUAUCAUCGGAUUCUGUGAAUACAUCGAAAAAUUUAACUGUACAAGUUUUAAAACGUUUAGCCAAAUUACCAAAUCACCUAGGACCACAUAUAUGUCAAUUAUGUUAUCAAUAUUUUGAAAAUGCUCUGAAAUUAGCUAAUCAUCGAUGUCCAUUGAUACUUCAUACCGAUUACCGUUGUCCUGAAUGUGAUAAGGUAUUUAGUUGCCCGGCUAAUCUAGCAAGUCAUAGACGUUGGCAUAAACCAAAAUUAAAUGUAAUUUCUGAUCAUAGAGGCCCAACAAAUCAUACUGCAUGUACAACCAAUCACAACUACAAUAAUUUCACAUCUGAAAAAUACUUUGAUUGUAAUGACAAAAAUGUGCUUACAUAUUCAAAAUACUCAGGCGAAAAAAUAACUUCAAAUAAUUUGCCUAGGAGUGAUAUGAAUUCAAUUCCACCUCUUGAAGACCAACAGUUAAUGGAGAAUAAAGUUGAUGGACAAGUAUGUGACCAAUUUCGUCACUAUCAAAUUAAUCACUGUGUAACAAACUCCAAUUUCAAUCGGAAACUAAAUUUUUCAGUCCAAACAUUACUUGAAGACCCCUUCAGUUGUAGUGAUGAGUACCUUAUAAGAAGUGAUUUAAAAGUUGACAGUAAUGAAAAAGCUGUUUGUAAUGAAUCGUCAAUAAGUUAUCAAGAACAAACAAGUUUAAAAACUAGUGAAAAAUCCUGUUUAGCCAUUUGUACUACUGCUAAUGACUGCAAUAUUAAAAGUAAUGCGUAUCUGACUGCUGACAUUACUCAAAGUACCACGUGUAAUGUUAACUACCUUCCCACUGAAAAACAAACUUCAAUCAAAUGCAAUUAUUGUCAUUCAGUUUUACCAAGUCAAAGUCUAUUCGAAACUCAUAUGCUGCAACAUAUUUUUAAUAAUCUCAAAUCGGUAGACCUUUUAUCGAAUUCUAACUCUUCUGGAUGAAGCUUACUCAUAAAGUCAUUUAAUUGUGUCAGAAAUAUUUAUGAGAACAGUUUCACUCACAAAAUGAUUUCAUUCAUCAUUUAAUUAACAAGUAUUUAUUCAUUCAUUCUAUUAUCACUGGACUGAAUUUCAUCAAAGAAGGGAAAAAGCAGAUCUACACAUAAAUAAAACAAUUAUUUCAACAAUUCACUUUUCAAUCCACAAAAAUAAUUAAAGUUGAAUGAGCUAGUGAUUUUGAGAAAAUAAGAAAUACAAUAAUUUUUCUGCCCAAAAAAUUCAUUUUUGUUCUCUUCAUUUCUUUCUUUCCGUGUGUGUGUAUGUGUAUGCUUUUGUGCGCUUCUUACUUAUACCUUUCUGAUUACUAUCUGUGUAUUUCAAAUAAAGGAGAAGGAAAUACUCGAACAACAAAUUCACAUUUACGACAACCAUGAUUAGAACAAC